AACAUGACGUCAACCGGAUGACAACAAAUGCGCGUUCUGCGAGACAGCGGGAGCGCGCACUGAGGAAUGGGCCUGCUGUCAGUCUUAAGGAGACUGAAACACUCUCCUGAGCAGGAGGUCCGGAUCCUCCUACUGGGUUUGGAUAAUGCAGGCAAAACCACCUUACUGAAGCAGCUGGCGUCUGAAGACAUCAGCCACAUCACUCCUACACAGGGCUUCAACAUAAAGAGUGUCCAGUCUCAAGGGUUCAAGCUGAACGUGUGGGACAUCGGUGGACAGCGGAAGAUCAGGCCGUACUGGAGGAAUUACUUCGAGAACACAGAUCUCCUGAUUUAUGUGAUUGACAGCUCAGACAGAAAGCGCUUUGAUGAGACGGCACAGGAGUUGGCGGAGCUGCUCGACGAGGAGAAACUGAGCAUGGUGCCUCUGCUGAUUUUUGCCAACAAGCAAGACAUGAUGACGGCAGCGACAGCGGCUGAGAUCGCAGAGGGUCUGAACCUGCACACCAUACGAGACCGAAUAUGGCAGAUCCAGCCCUGCUCCGCUCUCACGGCAGAGGGGGUUCAGGACGGGAUGGUUUGGCUGUGCAGGAAUAUUCCAACCAGGAAGAAAUGAUCGACAAGGAGAAACAUGGGCUGAAUUUCAUCUUGACAGUACGGACUUGAACUAUGGAAGCCUGUUUCUGCCACAUGAGGAAAAAUCAUGCUUUUGUAAAUCAUAAUUAUGACAUAAAAAGUUUAAAUUAUGACAUAAGUCAAAACCAUGACAUACUAAGUCAUAAUUAUAAGAUGAAAGUUGAAAAUAUGACUUAAAAAUAAAAUUAUAUAAUAAUUAUGACAGUGAGAAUUUCAACUUUAAUGUUAAUUGAUAGAUGCUCAAGUACAGUAUUUAUUUAAGAUUUUAUAGUCCAGAUUUUCACUGUGAUGAUCUCAUCUGGUCGCUGAUGACGACAGUCUCUGUCUGACAAUUUACUGGUGGUUUUUAGUAAUAAACAAGUUUCAUUUACAACUA